GCCUAAUUACGAACGCAACGCAUGCAUAAAACAGCCGCAAUUCUUUCUUACAUAUACCUCUCCAUACCUCGCAAUACUGGUACUGCGGUACCUACGGUACCAGCAAGUACCGUAGGUAUCAGCGGAUACAACCAAAAACAUAGUAAGGGCCAAAAUAAUGUUGGGUAUAAAUUUGAUUACCAGGGUUCCGUUUUGAUGCGCCAAGGCCACCCGAAAGGCUGCAUAGGAAGAGGAGGCGUGUACUCUGUGGCCGGACCUCCCGAUUGUCCGAGCAAAUCCGAGUCCCUUCAAGCGCCUUACUGGCAGGCUCAGGCUGAGUUCGUUUUCAAGUUCGAGGCGGAACGACACGAACCCGCGUGCCGCUCGACGGCUAACGCAUUACUUUGGCUCGCUUGUGUCCACUCCUCUGCCUAAUGUUCUAUUUCAGCCCGCAACAACGGUUUCAUACAGUUCAACUAAAGCUCAACAAGAUGGGGUCCGCUGGAGACGCGGUCUGCGGCAGAAGAAGUUUUAGGAGGCGGUCUAUCGAUCAUACAGAGGGUCACGGUUCCAACAAGACUAAUACUACCAGCUGUGGGGGAGCUAUGCCGAUUUCCGGACCUCAUAUCUCUGAUGUAUGGAGAGGCAAGGAUACAGUUUUAGGGUGCGACGUAAGGCCGUAUUGAACCGAAAUACCGCGGCAGCGUCAGGGGCGCAUCGGGGGCCGCCGCGGGGUUGCCCAGAGGGGAAGCGUCACGGUCCCCGUGCCCGGGUCCUUCUUUACUUCAAGUUUCAAUUUCACUGGCAUGUUAUUUGUUUAUCUAUCUAUUAAUUACCUCAAGUUACUGGUAGUACACUAUCAGAGAGCAAUGGCGAGCUGGACCUUUAAAGGUCCAGCU